AAAUGCUAUUUGUACAGUAGAGAAUGCCAUAAAAACCUGAUCUUUACUUUAAAUAUGGUAGUUUAACUUGUGUUGACGUCUACAAUGGGUUCGGGUGGCUCGAGGAUUAAUUCCACAAUCACGUCGAAAAAGUUCAAGAAUGAAAAGAAACUGUUUUCCAAUCGCUCUGUCACUUACCCCACUGACCUGGCAACGUUAAAGAGCAGCCAGCAUGAAACUUUACAUAAAAAGACUUUGCCCCGAAUUCAAACAGAGCAAAUAAUAUCGAAUGGUGGACAUCAAAGUUUACCCAGGAAAGUAAAACCAGUUAAAACACCAUCUAAGGAUGUUGAAUGGUCAAUAUCGGAACUUUAUAAUGUGUUGGUUGCUGAAACAUGGGAAGCAGAACCCCAGCUACAUAGUGAGGAAUAUCUUAUGUUGGUUGAUUGCAGAUCCCCAGAAGAAUACAAACACAGUCAUAUAGUAACAGCAGUUCAUUCCUCAAAUUUACAAACAGAUUCUGAUAACAUGACUUUAACAUCACAACCAAGUUUUCAUCAUAUGAUUGUAUUGUAUGGCAACAAUAGAAAGAAAGUUGCUGAACUUGUAAGAGAUCAAAACAACUUCACUGUAAAUAUGAUAUAUGAAGAUUUUUACUCAAAGUUCCCUUUUCUUUGCACAAAUAACCUCAUCAACAAUCAGUUUCAACGAAAGAAAUUAACCAAGACUUGGCCCUCUGAAGUUAUUCCACUCAAGUUGUAUCAAGGAACUGCAAAACAUGCAUUGAAUGAAACAGUCAUUAAAAACUUAGGUAUCACCCACAUAGUAAACAUAACAUCAGUUCAUCCAAAUGCAUUUCCCGACAACAUCAAAUAUCUGAGGAUCCAGUUAGAUGACGUUGCUUCAUCAGAUCUAUUGUCAUGGCUGCCAAAAACCACAGCUUUUAUAGAAAGUGCCAUUGGAAAAGGCUUUUCACAAGGAGAUACGAAAGAUAAAACCAACAACAAAGUUCUUGUUCAUUGUAACAUGGGUCGUUCACGAAGUUCCACCAUCGUGCUCGGAUAUUUAAUGAGAUGUUUAUGUUGGAGCUUACAGGACGCAUGUGAUUGGCUGAAAGAAUGUCGACAGACUGUGAAACCAAAUGACGGAUUUUUAAACCAACUUAUGCUGUAUGAGGUUGAGGUGUUUGGAAAGCAAUUGUCAGAUUUUAACAAGCUACCGUUAUAGUUUUUACACCCAUAGUGUCAGUUAGUUAGUUUAACAGUGAGUAGAUUUUACUUUUUAGUUUUGCUAUUUGCGACCUCAAAAUAUGUGCCUUUAAUUUUAUAAAGUAGUGACUUACAUAUUUAAAGCACAAUUUUUUGAGGUACGUUUUAUAAAUAAGUGCAGUUUUAAAAUACACACCUGUAUUUGCUUGCAUCUUCUUUAUAUAUGGGUUAUUUUAUAAUCUAUCUCCGGUCUAAUUCCCAGGUCCCAUGGUGUGGCUCGCCAUAGGACCCAUGCAUUUAGAACAUGUUCUUAUACAUGUAUCUUUUAAUGUGCCACUAUCAUGGAUUUAUAUUCUGUACUACAUUCUUCAAAUUUGUAUUAAAACUAAUCAAAUCAUGACCAAUCUA